AUGUGGUCCGACCUACAAGUAACACAGUGUGACGAUAAAUCUGAGCCAUCGCUCGGAUAUGCGGAAGCUCGGGAUGGAGUAAAGUGUGAGCAUUAUCGCGGUCAGACAUUCAAUAUAGAACCCAGAAAAGUUUCGCUGGAUGCGUGGUAUCUGAUUUGUUAUGAAACCAGUCUGGACUGCUUACAGUGCCAAAUCGAGGUACUCUGCAGGAAUGAUUUUUCAUCCGAGUGUGCCAGUAUAUGGAUGCAAAGUUCAGUUCGUGCCAUAACGAAUAGUUCGAUGGCCGUAUGGGUCUCCUUCGGUGACCAUUUCCCGCUUCGGCGAUGGACCAAACUGCGCAAAUCAACGUAUGUGGAGCUGCAUGUCGAAAAUCUCGAGCCAAGCAGGUGGUAUUUUGUAGAAAUAUGCACAGUAAUUGAGCCACCAGCAGAUUUCUUGGAAUCGUUUCAUCUGGUGGGAAGUCUGAAUAACAGCUCCAGACAAAUGUGCCAACAAGGUUUAUAUCGUACAAAAACUGCCUGCUGGAACAGAGCCAGUCCUUUUCUCGUAAUUUUAUACUUGUGCAGUUUUUCUUAUUUGUUUGCGUAUGUGUAA